AAAACUUCCUUUAUUUUCAAUUUCCCGACAAUUUUGGAAUGAGAAAGAGUCUAACAACCUGAGUCGACGAUAUUGACUUUCAAGCCCCUAAGUCAGCUCACUCUCGUCGCCGGUGCCUUCUCUUACCUCAAUUCCGGCAUUAUAGAACUGAAAGUUGAAGAAAAGUAGAAAGAGAAAACAAUAAUGAUCCGAUUCAUAUUGUUACAGAACAGACAAGGGAAGACGCGUCUGGCGAAGUACUAUGUGCCACUCGAAGAUUCCGAGAAGCACAAAGUUGAAUACGAGGUUCAUCGAUUGGUUGUUAAUAGAGACCCAAAAUUCACCAAUUUCGUCGAGUUCCGUACGCACAAGGUUAUCUACAGGCGUUAUGCUGGAUUAUUUUUCUCCAUGUGUGUUGAUAUUACAGAUAAUGAGCUAGCUUACCUUGAGUGCAUCCAUCUCUUUGUGGAGAUACUGGAUCACUUUUUCAGCAAUGUGUGUGAGCUGGAUUUAGUCUUCAACUUUCACAAGGUUUACCUUAUACUUGAUGAGUUUAUCCUUGCUGGGGAGCUUCAGGAAACAAGUAAGAAGGCUAUCAUUGAGAGGAUGGGCGAAUUGGAGAAGCUUGAGUGAUUCAAUUUUGUUGUAGAUGAGUAAGCCAUGCAGGCUUCUUAUUAUGUGAUUGAUGAUUGAUUUUGUCUAAGGCUUUCUCAUGUUCUCAUAGACGUCAUUAGCAUGAACAGAUGUAUCUGGCCCGUGUAUAAUCUUCUUGUAAUCAUAAUGAAAUUUUGUUUUGGCAAGACAAUAUGCGCAUGUAGCUAACUGUUCCUCAUUUGAGUUUUGAGUUUUGACUCAAAACCCAAAGGUCUAUGUUUAAAACUUCUCUCAUUAAACCAGUUAUGCCAUUUGUCAACGUUA